UUAAAGGGUAAUCCAACUCUGUAUAGAAAGAGAAACUAAACUAAGAAGAAGAAACCCCAUUACCUCUCCUCUUUUGGCUCACCUAUUUUGCUUCACAAUUGAGAGUUUGGUUGGGUCAGGGUGAGUGGGUUUAUGGGUAGCUCAAGCUCAAAGGGGGUGUUGUUGUUGUAGUCAUAGUGUGUAAAGAGACCUGACAUGGUAUUGUCUUCUUGCCCCUUUUGUUAGCUGCCAUUACUGUAAUGUUCUUCUACUUCCAAGAUUUGGGUUCUCAUGUAGAAAUUUCAAGUACCACCUGAAAAAUUUACCAGAUCUCUCAAGAACAACAACUGUCCUAUCUGCUUUGUUGCUUGUAGGAUGGGAGCUUAUAAUUGAUGAAUUUAUAAACCAUUUUUUCAGUUUGGCUACUGGCUAGUACUGAAUUGGUGCAAGAUAGGACAUGGGAACUUUGGCACCUGAACCUGAGGUCACAUGCUCGAAACAGUACUUAGCAUUGGGUCUGAAGAUAUCUGGCAAGGAAAAAUCAGGAAAACCCAGAGUUCUAUCACUUCUUUCAACACUUCUUGAGAGGUCUGUUCAAAAUAAUGAAAGCUUAUUAGAAAGUUCACAAAGUGAAGACGUGAUCACAAUAUUUCAUGGAUCAAGAGCCCCCUCUCUCAAUAUUGAACAGUACUUGGAUCGCAUUUAUAAGUAUUCAUGUUGCAGCCCUUCAUGCUUUGUGGUCGCACACAUAUACAUGGAGAGAUUCAUUGAAUGCACUAGUGCUCAUUUAACUUCCCUCAAUGUUCACCGACUACUUAUCACGAGUGUGAUGGUGGCAGCAAAAUUCAUCGAUGAUGCAUUCUAUAACAAUGCAUACUAUGCAAGAGUAGGUGGUGUAACCACUAAAGAGUUGAAUAAGCUGGAGAUGAAAUUCUUGUUUGGAUUGGAUUUUCAACUUCAUGUAAAUGUCCCGACAUUCGGAAGCUAUUGUUCUCUCAUAGAGAAGGAAGGCACUGUAGGUCUCCAGAUCGAGCGCUCAAUUCAGGCAUGUAGAAUCAGUGAGAGCUGGUCAAACAAAGACGAUUCCAAAUGCGCACAGAUUGCAAGAUGAGGUUUUACAAUGGUGAAUAUAUAAUUGCAAAGUUGAUAUACUCCCUUCAGACAUGGAAGAAACUGAAAUGCUGGGUUUUGUACUAUAAUGUCUAGGUAGGAAAAAGUCAUAGCAGUGUGAUACACUCUUUUUUUUUUUUACAUAUUUUUGUCUUGUGCAGAUUUUCUUUACUGUACUAGUGUAGCUCCCAGGAACCCUGGUAUCAUUCUUUUUCAUGUUCUGCGAAGUUCCCCGCUGAUGUUGGUCCCUAUAGAAUGAGGGGCAUGCUUGUUUAGUGUUUACAAUCGAAGUUUCUUAGGAUUUCAGGUAUUAUUUUGAACAACCAAGUUUGAACCCACAAGGGUUUUAUACACCAAUGCUCUUUUAGAAUUU